GAUGCUGGAGCGCCAGAAAGACAGUCCCAAAAUAUUCCAAGUAUAAUGUAUUCUGUAUCCUAAUGCCUGCGUGGUGUUUAACAAUCCGCGACAACAUUUAUCAAUAAAACAAGCAAGCCAAAUAUAAUGUGAUAUGGAGUUUCCUAUGACGUUAAACCGACAGCCAGCAUUUCAAGUGGUCACACUCCCUAGCGCGCGUGAUCCAUUCCAAGCAACGCGACGAACAAGCGAUCAGAGAUCAUCCCUCAUCUCACGCGCGCUCGCCACUAACCAGUUCCAUUCCAGCAUCCACCAUAAACAUCGCAAAGACGCCGGUCAGCCUCUCACAUCGAUCUUCGCUUCCAACCUCCACCUUAUUAGUCAUGUAUGCUCUGCGCUUCGCUGCAAAAGCAAACACAAAAAGAAAGGUAUCUCCCAAGGAAUGCGCGCCCGCGUGAGUCGUUCCAGCAGCCGGUGACAUCACAAAAGCACGCGCUCUGCUCAUCUCCGCUCAGAGUCUACAUGCAGGCCAAAGAACCGGCGCGAGGACCCCCAAAAACAGUUCGCAGUCACGUGCGUUUUAGCCAAUCGCGCUUCUCAAGAUCAAAACACACCUCCUCGAUCAUCCGCGACCACGACGGAAUGGAGGUUGGCUCGCGCUCUGUGGAGAGAAGAUUUAUGCACAUGAUUCGGCAGAUUGGCAUAUGGAUUCUCUUCGGUGACCUGCUGCUCCUGCAGUCAGUAGUGGCGGCGCCGAAAUCAGCAUAAACUAGUUGUCCGCUCGCCGAUGAUGAGCAGGUUCACAACCCCACGGCAGGUUGGGUGUCGCGCGAACGACCCAGCGGGUCGGCAUAUAAAACUGAAUGAUUUCCAGGAAGCGCCUGACAGUUUCCAAAAUAUUGCGGAAGGUUUAGGAUCGAUGGAGAGAUAAAUAAAAUUUGAAAAGGAAAAGUGUUAGAAUGUGCGGUUUGAAGUUUUUAACGGUCGUGCUAGUUGCCGUGUUUGGUUUAGGUUCUAGCGAUCGUCAAAUAGUCUCCGCAUCACCAGUGCCCCACAUCAUUGAUGCUCCUAGAGCUCACAGCGGUUCCGAUAUUCCAGCGGCUCUAGAAGGAAAAGCUAAGGCUUUACUGGAUGAAGAGGGCCAGCAGGGAACCUACGAUUUGGCAAACAUGAUAACCGACGAGCAUGACGUUGAGACGGUACAUUCACAUUUCCUAGCGGUGCAGGAAGCAGCCCAUGUCGAUACCCCCAAGAAGAAACGAAGACAUCAUCACCACAGACACGAGCACCACCGGAACUAGCAUUAGCGUUCACCGAAACAUGACCUGGCACGCUGAAUUAUUGGACAAGAAAAACAUUAGUUUAUAAACAAAUAAACUGGAUGCAAGCUCUAGUUUAUCUUGCAAUAUGAACAAAACCGAAUUGAAUGCAAUAUGAUAAGAUUUAAGAUAUUGUUUACAUUACUUUGUGACAGUACAAAAUGGACUGAUAUUAUAAGAAAUAGCGACACGCUGGUACGUGAAGCAAUUUAUGCAAUAUUGCAGUGCAAUAUUUUUGAAUGUUCUA